GCGCGCUCCCUUAGUAGGUGGCUGGUGGUCGGAGAGCCGGUUCCCUUCUUGCCGCCGCCAUUUUGUGCUGGGGAUCGCGGCUGGCUGGGAGUAGGCGGCAGUGACUUUCCCGGGGAGGGUAGCGCGCCAGGCGCUUCUCCCCUCCCUAUUCCGCCCUUUUUGGCCUCUGGCCGCCUCCAACUUGGUUGUUAACGCGGGACGGCUCCAGUUGAGGUGGGCGAGUGGGGAGAGGUGGCAGCGGGCCGAGGUGAUGUCCGGGAGCCUUCCCUUGACAGCCGGGUCCGAGAAGGUGAGCGUCGACACUGGGCGUGGGGCGGAGUCCCUGCAGGAGGCAUCAUCCAGACUGGCAGAUCAUGGUGGCAGCAGCGGGGGUGGCUGGGAAGUGAAACGGAGCCAGCGGCUGAGGAGGGGCCCCAGCAGCCCCCGCAGGCCCUACCAGGUCAUGGAGUAUGAACGACGAGGUGGUCGUGGAGACAGGACUGGCCGCUAUGGGGCCACUGACCGUUCCCAGGACGAUGGUGGGGAUAAUCGCAGCCGAGACCAUGACUACCGGGACAUGGACUACCGUUCUUAUCCCCGAGAGUACGGCAGCCAGGAGGGCAAACACGACUAUGACGAUUCAUCCGAGGAACAGAGUGCAGAGGAUUCCUACGAGGCCUCCCCGGGCUCUGAGACUCAGCGUAGGCGGCGGCGGCGGCACAGGCACAGCCCCACCGGCCCACCAGGCUUCCCCCGAGACGGCGACUAUCGGGACCAGGACUAUCGGACCGAGCAAGGGGAGGAGGAGGAGGAGGAUGAGGAGGAGGAGGAGGAGGAGAAGGCCAGUAACAUCGUCAUGCUGAGGAUGCUGCCACAGGCAGCCACUGAGGAUGACAUCCGUGGCCAGCUGCAGUCCCAUGGCGUCCAAGCCCGGGAGGUCCGGCUGAUGCGAAACAAAUCCUCAGGUCAGAGCCGGGGCUUCGCCUUCGUCGAGUUUAGUCACUUGCAGGACGCUACACGAUGGAUGGAAGCCAAUCAGCACUCCCUCAACAUCCUGGGCCAGAAGGUGUCUAUGCACUACAGCGACCCCAAGCCCAAGAUCAACGAGGACUGGCUGUGUAACAAGUGUGGAGUCCAGAACUUCAAACGCCGAGAGAAGUGCUUCAAAUGUGGCGUGCCUAAGUCUGAGGCAGAGCAGAAACUGCCGCUGGGUGCAAGGCUGGAUCAGCAGACGCUGCCACUGGGUGGGCGAGAGCUGAGCCAGGGCCUGCUUCCCCUGCCGCAGCCCUACCAGGCUCAGGGAGUGCUGGCCUCCCAAGCCCUAAACCAAGGCUCAGAGCCAAGCUCAGAGAACGCCAAUGACACCAUCAUCUUGCGCAACCUGAACCCACACAGCACCAUGGACUCCAUCCUGGGGGCUCUGGCGCCCUACGCGGUGCUGUCCUCCUCCAACGUGCGUGUCAUCAAGGACAAGCAGACCCAGCUGAACCGAGGCUUUGCCUUUAUCCAACUCUCCACAAUCGUGGAGGCAGCCCAGCUGCUGCAGAUCCUGCAGGCCCUUCACCCGCCACUCACCAUCGACGGCAAGACCAUCAAUGUUGAAUUUGCCAAGGGUUCUAAGAGGGACAUGGCCUCUAAUGAAGGCAGCCGCAUCAACGCUGCCUCAGUGGCCAGCACUGCCAUUGCCGCGGCCCAGUGGGCCAUCUCUCAGGCCUCCCAGGGUGGGGAGGGUGCCUGGGCCACCCCCGAGGAGCCAGCAGUCGACUACAGCUACUACCAACAGGAUGAGGGCUAUGGCAGCAGCCAGGGUACAGAGUCCUCCCUCUAUGCCCAUGGCUACCUCAAGGGCACCAAGGGCCCUGGCAUCACUGGAGCAAAAGGGGACCCCUCCGGAGCAGGUCCUGAGACUGCGCUGGAGCCCGGGGCAGACUCUGUGUCGCUGCAGGCCUUCUCCCGCGCCCAGCCUGGUGGUGGCCCCGGCCUCUACCAGCAGUCUGCAGCUGAUGCAAGUGGCAGCCAAGGUGCCACAGCCAACAGCCAGUCAUACACCAUCAUAUCACCUGCUGUGCUCAAGUCUGAGCUCCAGAGCCCCACCCAUCCCAGCUCUGCCUUGCCGCCAGCCACCAGCCCCACUGCCCAGGAGUCCUACAACCAGUACCCUGUUCCUGAUGUGUCCACCUACCAGUAUGACGAGACAUCUGGCUACUACUAUGAUCCCCAAACAGGCCUCUACUAUGACCCCAACUCCCAGUAUUACUACAAUGCUCAGAGCCAGCAGUACCUGUACUGGGACGGGGAAAGGCGAACUUACGUACCUGCCCUGGAACAGUCAUCUGAUGGGCACAAGGAGACGGGGGCCCCCUCAAAGGAGGGCAAAGAGAAGAAGGAAAAGCACAAGACUAAGACGGCCCAGCAGAUUGCCAAGGAUAUGGAACGCUGGGCCCGCAGCCUCAACAAACAAAAAGAAAACUUUAAGAACAGCUUCCAGCCCAUCAGCUCCAUUAGAGACGACGAACGGCGUGAGUCAGCCACAGCAGACGCCGGCUAUGCCAUCCUUGAGAAGAAGGGAGCACUGGCUGAGAGGCAACACACCAGCAUGGAACUUCCAAAACUAACCAGCGACGAUCGCCCGAGCCCACCACGGGGCCUGGUGGCAGCCUACAGCGGGGAGAGUGACAGUGAGGAGGAGCAGGAGCGCGGGGGCCCCGAGAGGGAGGAGAAGCUCACUGACUGGCAGAAGUUGGCCUGUCUGCUCUGCCGGCGCCAGUUCCCCAGCAAGGAAGCGCUCAUCCGGCAUCAGCAGCUCUCCGGCCUCCACAAGCAAAACCUUGAGAUUCACAGGCGAGCCCACCUGUCAGAAAACGAGCUUGAAGCACUUGAGAAAAACGACAUGGAGCAAAUGAAGUACCGAGACCGCGCUGCAGAACGGAGAGAGAAGUACGGCAUCCCUGAGCCACCAGAGCCCAAGAGAAGGAAGUACAGUGGCGUGACCGCAGCCUCCGUGGACUUUGAACAGCCUACUCGAGACGGCCUGGGCAGUGACAACAUUGGCAGUCGCAUGCUCCAGGCCAUGGGCUGGAAAGAGGGCAGUGGCUUGGGCCGUAAAAAACAAGGCAUUGUAACACCCAUUGAGGCCCAGACCCGGGUGCGGGGCUCUGGCUUGGGUGCCCGAGGCAGCUCCUACGGGGUCACCUCAACCGAAUCCUACAAGGAGACACUGCACAAGACAAUGGUGACCCGCUUCAAUGAGGCCCCGUGAGCAAUGACAAGAUCUGCUUCUCCAUGGGCGGGGGGGGGGGUCCAGCCCAGAGCAGGGGAGGAUGAUGUAUGGGUGGUCUGUGUGGGGCCCUGCGCCUGUCUUCCAGCCCACUCCCCUGCCAGAGAGGCCCUGACCAAGUCAAACUUUGAGUUGGUGACUUUUCUUGGAAAACUGGGCUAGGAUCAUAUUCUUUUUGUAAUAAAAUCUGAAAAGUC